ACCGUGGAAAUUCAUUUGCCAGUCCGUCUGUAAAACACUCCCACUCCCCCAACUUUUUUUCUUUUGUCAGAAAUCACGGCGUAACCUCGAUUUUCUUCAAGUCGAGGAGGAAGUUGGAAGCACCAUUCCGAUUAAGGUGAGAAGCAAGUCAGGCUUCAAGAUCAAGCUUGUUAACCAAUCGCUGAAAUGGACGGUGAGGACACUGGACUUUUGAGGAAACGCAUUAAACCAAUUAUAGAAGAGAAGGAAGGGGAGGUAACGGAUGAGCCAACUUUAAAUAUGGUAGAGAAUGAAGAAACUGAGGCUGAGGCUACCGUUGUAGGUUCUGAGGAAAUGGAACUUGCUAUUGCCCAAAUUCUUGACAAGAUUGAGCGCUUCACUCAGCUGGUAUCUGAGCUGCUAGAAUCAGGGAAGACAAUGUUCAAAGAACUAGGCAAUUAUUUUGAAGAGCAACUGAUAACGAGACAUAAGGAACAAAUGGAAAAAUGGCAAGAGGAGAUCAAAGAAUUGCGCUUCCUUGAUGCUUCGAAUGAGGAGGCCAGUGCUAUCUUGCAUAAUGCUCGUUAUUUACUUCGGAACUCUCACAUUGACAUCUGAAGAACAUCUUUUCUUAAGGGACCUGUAAGUGUUCUAGAUUGAUUUCAAGUGGCUGUCAUGGAUGCAGAAUCCAGCUUCUCGUCGAUCACUCCUCCCGUUUUUUACGGUGAAAAUUAUCAGAUCUAGGCUAUGAAGUCGAAGGUUUAUCUAGAUGCACUGCACCUCUGGGAAGCAGUAGAAUAUGACUACGUGAUUCCUUUACUACCAAAUAAUUCCACAAUGGCGCAGACCAAAAUCAUAAAAAAAAAAAUAUAAAGAAGUCGAAGGCAAAGGCUUGCCUAUUUGCAGCAGUAUCAUAAACCAUUUUUACCCAAGUCACAUCGCUCAAAUCAGCAAAAGCAAUUUGGGAUUAUUUUAAAUCAGAAUAUGAAGGUGAUGAGAGAAUCAAAUGGAUGCAAGUGUUGAAUUUGAUAAGAGAUUUUGAACUACAAAA